UCCAGACUGUGGCAGUGGCAUUAUGUAGUAGAGUAUCCUCACAUAUCUGUGUAUAAAGCUAGCUAUCGGAAAGGGGGCUUUUGGGAGAGCUUACUGCAGGCACGUAUCAGUAUAGUGCCAAUUAAUCUUCGUCAAGCCAGUAUCCUAGUUACUUUAAUCUUGCCGCGACGAUGAAGAUGGUGCUGAAGGUGCCGAUGGUCUGCAGGAAGUGCAAAUCCUGCAUCCUGCAGGUUGUGUCAAAGAUCAGAGGGGUGAAGUCGCUAGCGUACGACGAGGAGAAGAACACGCUGACGGUGAUCGGGGAGGUGGACGUGGUUGUGAUCGUGGACGCGCUGCGCAAGGCGAAGCACCCGGCGACUGUGGUGACGGUGGGGGACGAGAAGAAGGAGGCGGAGGAGAAGAAGAAGAAGGAGGAAGAGGAGAAGAAGAAGAAAGAGAAGGAGGCGGAGGAGAAGAAGAAGAAAGAGUGCUUCGAGCUGAUGCAUCACUGCAGCAAGGCGUACCAGCCACCCUACUGCAUCGUCGACGACCAACCCGGCUCCUGCACCAUCGUCUGAAUUCAAGGUCAUCGAUCGUCAACAGCAGGCUCCCAGCACCACCACCAUAUAUAUACCACUGCAAAUUAAGCCACUCCUCCCGCCAGGCACAUCAACUUCGUGUGUAAAUCGUGUUCAUCCGUUCAACAGAUUCGGUUCCUUAUCUUACUUCAAAAAGAAGCAGAAAGCUAGCUAGAUUCAGCGCGCUUUCGUGCACAUUAUUCUCUUUCCUGAAUCUUUCGCGAUUUCUGUGGGCAAGAAUGAUAUGUCUCAACUUUCUUUGCUCGACCACUCGCGUACCAGCUGCAAUCGUUGGGUUCAUGACAAAUCGACUUGUAUAA